AGAGAACUUCAGAGAGCUGAAUAUCAAAACCAUUAUGGAUGAGCAUCAAGCUUUGGGUGGCGGCCCUGGUUUACUCACAAUUGCAGAUACCAGGACAGGGCUUGAAUUUGAGCUUGAGAUCAAACAGGGUGGAAUUGUUUUGGCCAAAGAAAUGAUCAACAAGGCCGCAGCACAAGAUGGUGAUCUGCUGCUAUUUGACCCCGGAUAUUUCAACACUGCAGUCACCAAGUUUGCAAUCUCGCUCGCCAAUGGGAAUGACGGGACGCUCAAAUUUAGGGGCUACCCAGUGGAGGAACUUGCACAACAUUGCACAUUCUUACAAGUUGCUUACCUUCUAAUCUAUGGAGAUUUGGCAUCCAAGGCCAAGCUUUCGAGAUUUGAGGAUAGCGUCAGGAAGGAAACUUGCUGUCACAAAGGAGCUAUGGGCCUGAUAAAGAGUCAGCCAAAGAAUGCACACGCAAUGGGGUUGCUGGCAACUGCUAUUAGCUCCAUGUCUUCGUUUUACCCACAGCCUGAUGUGGGUGCAUACCAGGACAAACAUGUCCAAGACCAGCUCAUUGCACGCGUACUUGGUCAGAUACCUAUUUAUAUCGCACAUAUAUUCCAGCAUGCAGAGGGUAUGGUUCUGCCAAAUCCAUCUUCUGAGCUUCCAUACGUUGCCAACUUUCGUUACAUGCAUAUGUUCCAUAAUACCAGCCCAACAAGGUCUUCUCCGCUAUUGGCUCGCAUUCUUGAGAGGCUGCUCAUUGUGCAUAUGGAACAUGAGCUUAGCUGUUCAUCUGCUGCUGUACGACACCUUGUGUCAUGUGGCGUGGAUCUAUACACUUGUUUAGCAGCAGGAGUUGCAACACUAGGAGGCCCGUUUCACGGAGGUGCAAAUGAGGCAUGUGCAAACAUGAUUCAGGAGAUUGGAACCGUCGACAAUAUCCCAGCCUAUCUAGAGGCUGUAAAAAACAAGAAGAAGAAGUUGUUUGGAUUUGGCCAUCGAAUCCAUAGGGCAUAUGAAAUACGUGUCAAGGUAAUUCGGCAGCUGGCAGAAGAUGCAUUUGAGAUUGUAGGGCAUGACCCGCUCAUCAAGGUGUCAGACGCAUUAGCAGAAGCCGCUCUCUCAGAUGAGUACUUCAUCAAGCGGAAACUUUAUCCCAAUAUCGACUUUUACUCUUGGAUUGUUUUCAAAGCUCUUGGAUUUCAAGGAAACUUUCCACUCCUGUUUGCAUUGGCUCGUGUUGUUGGCUACCUAGCACACUGGAAAGAAUGCCUUGACUUGCGUGACAACAAGAUUGUGAGACCUCGUCAAUUGUACAUUGGUGAAUGGCUUCAGCAUUAUUAAUGACAAUAAUAAUUACCCUUUUACCCAUUAAAUUCUGGAGUUUGUGAUGCUAAUCGCAUGUGAUUUGACCGCAUGGGCCUUGGGAAACAUCAACAAGGAGAUCAAGAUCCAGUUUAUCAACCAGAAACAUUACCACCAUAUAUAUAUAUAUAUAUAGCCCAACUAAGAAGCAUGGGAACCUACCUACAUGGAAUGCAAUGAAAGUUAUCUUCUCUCUAGUCCCUUUAUCCAUGCUGUUUGUAGCAAACAACGUUCCCUAGGCGUCUUUCCUCCAUGCGCCGAAAGGCAAACCGCUGGCCUUCUAGAGCUCGUGCAGUACUCCAAACAGAUUGAGCUUGAGCAGCCGGGCCUUGGUGAUGCUGCUCACCCUCACCAAGCUGCAUCUCUCGCGUGCGUCACAAGUACCCCUUUUUGCCAAACCCCGUCAUAUGUGGUGCCUCAGGAACACUACCAUGUCUAUUGCAUGAUCGAAGAGAAGGGAUUCCAGCUCCAUUUCUGGCAUCACACAUCUCCCUCGCGAUCUCUCUUUGCACAAUUUAGAUUCUGGAUGGAUCGUUCCAGGCAGCAGUGUUGAAAAUGCUGUGCCCGUGGCAAUCCACGGCCUUAGCUGUGGCAUGGCUGUGGCAAUCCAUGGCCUUUGCCAUGGCAACAUGGCCAUGGCUGCUAUGGCCUGGGAAAUCCGUGGCGAUUGCUUGCCAAGGCUGGAUUGCCACGGCCAUGGCAGCUUUGUUUGGGUGGGAUCCUGUCUGUGUCCACGAUCGCUACCCUGUCCAGGACUGUUGCAGGAGGAAGCUUGCUGGUAAAGGUGUGCUCGUCGUUGGUAGCAGGGGUGGAGUCGGGCGGUGCAUAGUCUCCCAUGAGUUUGAGGAGAUGGAUCCGAGUGUCAAGCACGAGCAGCAAUGGAGGUGUACGACUGGAUCAAAGAAAGACGAUGAUUUUGACUCAUGAAAUUCUUUGGGAAUUUUGUCAGGUGGAUUGGAACCAUCUUCGUCUUAACUGGAAAAUGCGAGAAGAAUGGCCUCUUUUUCCUUGCCUCGCCUCUUAUCUUGCUCACCCACAUAACUUGGCAAUCUCCAUCAAAAACAACAUGGCACUAACACCAUCUCAAUCUAUCAAAAACAAAAGUCAUGUUAAUGGCUGAUGUGGCAUAGAAAUACAUGGCAUGAAGUGUUUUGCA